CUUGCCUGCCGCCCCCACGUCUCGCUCGCCUGCUGCGUGGUGGACUCCCUACCUCUCCCCAGUAUUUGAAUCCUUCGGUUUCCUCUUCUCGAAUAACCUGCUCGCCGCUUUUCCAUCGCCGGGAUGCCCAACAAUGCCGUCCUUGCCUCCACCUGUGUCUCCACCUAAGGCCGCCGUCGUGUCCGCCCGUUCUUCAAACGGGCCUGCUGCCACAUUCACGAGCCUGGUCUUCACUUCUCUGUUCCCGGUCGUAUUCCCCAUAUAUUCAAUCUCUGGAUUCCUAGGCCGAGAUUGCAGCUGGUAUACAACGGCAAGAGGACAUAUCCAGUGUCCUGACUCCAGAAUCGUCAUCGUAUUCAACAUUCUCCUGCAGAUAUUGCUUAUACAUGUACAUGUGCCUGAGGAUUUGAGACCCCAACAGAAGAUUGCCAAUAUCUACUUCAAUGCUGGCAGGGAAGGCCAAAUGUUCCCAAGGAGGUGAUGCAGUAAUGCUCUCUGUGCUGUCCAGAAAGUAACACCAGUUGGAAAUUAUGCAUGUUGAUGCUGCAUGUUGUAUCAAUUUUAUCUGUGUGUGGGCAAUUCUUUGUCAAUGAUAUGUACACGUUUUUCUAUUCUUAGGGUUUGGGUAGCAGAGAUUAUGGUGAAAAAGUAACAUCAGAUAGUUGAUUUAAGUACUUUGUAUAUCAAUGUAUGUACAACAUAUAUCUUCCAUGUAUCGCCUUAUAGUGCACCCUUGGGUGAAGA